AAAUAUCUUCUUUUGUGGGUGAACCAUCCCUUUAACUGCUUUCUGAGUAGCUCAAUAAGCUGCAGCACAUGCACAUUCAGUCUAAUGUAUUUUACACACAUCUUUCUUCUUUCUCAGUCAGGUAAACAACGAAUUUGGAGACAAAGUGACACUGGAUCAACACCUAGACGGAUGUAAAAAAUUUAUUUCUGACCAAUGCGAUUAUUUCUAUUGCUGUGGAAUACAAUUUUCCAAAACACACAGAGGAAUAAUUAUCUUUGUUUUAGAUAGUAUGCUUACAAACAAAGGCCACACCUCCUACAGUUCCUCCUCAGGGGGCUGAGCCAAUCAUCAGAGGUCAUGGGCCGAAGGGCAGCUGACACGUCCAAUGCGGUGCCGGCACUAGAAGUGCCUCUAGCUGGUGGGCGGGCCGUCCUGUCUCAAAAAUGGGGCCCUUUGUGCAGUGUUGGCGUCCAAACGUCGCCGGGCCUCCGCUCACUUCCGUCAUUGAAGAAGAAGACUCAAACGGUCAGUACAGCCAACGGACCAACUGCCGAAACCAUGUCGCUGGAUCGGGCGAGGCGUUGUGAAGUUAACGGAAGGCACGUUGUCAAGGCGGCGUCCAGGAACCAUGAAGCACAGGACAGGACGUCCCAGGAGAGCGAGGUGUACUGUCAAAUCAAAGCCAGUCCAAACCAAUCCGGGCCAAGAGGGAGUUUAAAAAGAACCCCCUGGUAUGUUAACGGAAGUAUUGUUGCUCCUGAGGUGGUGGGUGGCGUUUGCAGCGAAGGGGCGGAGUCUGAGGAAGCGAGAUGGCAGAGUCAAACAAUGACACGUGAAUGUAGGCGGGGUCAGUCGCUGAAAGGGGAGGCAUCCAGGCCGGCCGCCAGCUCGUACACCACGCCCCCUCGCCCAUGUCGCAUGAUGACAUCAUCACCCAGACUGUGCGCCAGCUGUGGGCGGAGGCAGUCUCAAGCACCACCCUGCAUGGCACCUGCUUGUCGCAAACGAGCAGCCAGUCAGGUUCAAGCAAGCAUGACGCUUCCGACGCCGCCGAGGAAAAGCUGUUCGCCUCGAUUGCAGAAACAAAACUCCACGGUUGCACAGCCAACGUACAUGCAAAUUCCCAAUCACACAACGCCAAACGCAUGCUCUACCCCCGUACAAUCCAACAAAAAAGAUGCAAAAACAGAAGAAUUUACGCUGUCUGAAAAGCCCAAAAAUGACUUGACGAGGCACAAAACGCAACACACGCAAACACGAGUCAAAAUAGAAUCAACCGCACAACACGCAUCGCAAGACACAAAGGACAAGUGUGCGACCACGCAAACGCACAAAUACGCCACAUCUAAACCGAUUGGCUGUGAGUCCCAAACCACACCCACUCCUCCACCCAAGCAAGACUUGAAAUCAAUACAAGUCAAAUGUAAACCAGCACCUCCAGAGCUUCUGAUUGGCUCAGCGGCCGGGCCUAAUCCACAACCCCCACCCCCCCCUCCACCAGAACUUAAAACUGAUACGGAAACGGACUCUAAAGACACUCAUCCACCUCCAACAGACGAUAUCCCACAAUGCAAUGGUGCACCUGGCGUUCUACACGGACUGCUGCAGAAUGUAGAAGAAAACCUGCUGUAUAAUCAGGAAAAGAUCAAAGUCCUUCUCAAUGUCAUUCAGGACCUGGAGAGGAACAAAGCAAUGAGUGAAGGGCGUUGUUCUUACAGAACAGGUCAGGACAUCAACAACUGCUCAACCUGCCAGAAAACAGCCUGCAUCAUAUACAGUGUGGAGCACGACUUCCGUGUGCAGGAGGGACGAUUUCAAAGCAUUCUGGAAGCCUUGGAUGAAGCAGAGUACGAUGUUCCUGCCCCCGUCCUAAAGCCCGCCCACAUACAACCUCGAACCAAGAGCCGCGUCAAGAAACUGCGAAAGAAGUGUUUCUGGUGGCUAUAGAGAACCAUCGCCAUGGAGAUCUACCGCGGCUUAGAUUGUAUAAUUACUUUCGUUUGCAUUCAUGGAAAAUGCCACCAGCACCACUGCUGUCAUAGAGAUGUGGUUACAAUGUCGGAAAGUAAAACUUUUGGACCAUGAGCUUCAUAAUACAGUCCAGGAUAAAGGAUUUGUUAAAACCGUUGCUCCUACUGAACGGAUUACGCUUUGAAAUAAUUGUUACAUUGUGACGAAAUUCUCAAAGCCCAGGCUGAACCAAAAGCUCAUCUGACAUCCUGAAAACUUGAGGACAAUUUAAAACCCAAGGAGACCCACAAGACCUUGCGUCUAACCAGUCAAUAAAUCCCCUUCAUACUAUCUGACAGAGGCGGAAUGCAGUCGAUAUCCCUCUACGCUGAUGGACGGAGUGUUAUCCUGAUGGAGAUUCUGUCUCAUCUCCUCAUCACCGUUCUCUGACCUUUGUGUGCGGAUAGCUUUCGUCCCCGACUAAUGAAUGUCUAACGCUCUGUUCCCAAACCUAGUGAUCUGCCUACAUACACAGCAUUUUAAGCAACUGGUAGUUGAGCUCCCCUUGCAAAGGCAGUUCCAAAUUAGGCCGUUUUAUAAGAUACAACCACACUGCAUUGUCCUUGUUGGUAGCAUCCAAGUUGUUACAAUUACUGUUUAAAUGAAUGGUUCACCCAAAAAUGGAAAUUUGCUGAAAAUGUACUCAGCCUCAGUCCAUCAA